GUACAAAACGGGGCGCAGAACUUUAAAGUUUUCGGUUAUUAUAAAACGAUAAGUAUCAUUUCGCCGCAUUGUCGCCGAACAGUGAACUAAUAACAGAAGAAAUUGCUGGAGAUUGCUGUUAGUUUUCUGAAGAAUGGGGUCCUUUACAAGCCGUGAUGUUCCUCCGACGGACAAUCAGGCCUCUACGAGUGAUGGCUACGAAGAUGAAGAUCCUCCGACAGACGAAGAAACGGUUAACUCUGCCAGGCAUGAUGACUAUGAAGAGCGUGUUUCUCCGACCUACAAUGAGGUUGUCGGCAAUUUCCCUGAGACUGCAGACCUGUUACUGCCAAGGCAUAACCCAUUGGAGCAUAAGAACUGGGAAAAUCUUCGCAGGGAGGAUGAGAAGAAUUGGAAAAGAACGCGACCGAAAGGAGAAAAUGAGAACGAAAGAGAGAAUUCACAAAAUACCAAUGUCAAAGUUCAAGCUCCAAGCUCGGCCAUGUCGCGAUCGUAAUCA